AUGUCAUUUAGAGGUGGUAGCCGAGGUGGCCGUGGAGGCAGAGGAGGACGAGGUGGAUUCAAUCGUCAACCUCAAGGGCCUCCAGAUGCAAUAUUACCCAUGGGCAGUUUUUUGCAUCCAUGUGAGGGAGACAUUGUUUGUCGUUCAAUUAACUCCAAGAUUCCAUAUUUCAAUGCGCCAAUAUUUUUGGAGAACAAGACACAGGUUGGUAAAGUUGACGAAAUAUUGGGACCAGUGAACGAGGUGUAUUUCACGAUCAAACCAUCGGAGGGAGUGAAAGCAGAGUCGUUUAAGGAUGGAGACAAGUUCUACAUUGGAGACGACAAGUUGUUGCCAGUUGAAAGAUUUUUGCCCCAGCCCAAGGUGGCAGGUUUCAAGGUGAAGAAGCCCAAGAACAAAGGCGCUGGCGGCAGAGGUGGCUCUCGUGGCGGGCGAGGAGGAUUUGGCAGUAGAGGCGGUUUUGCUUCCAGAGGUGGUUUUGCUUCCAGAGGCGGCGGUGGUCGUGGAGGAAGAGGCGGCUUUGGUGGUCGUGGCGGUGGUCGUGGUGGCAGCCGUGGCGGUUUUGGAGGCCGAGGAGGAAGAGGAGGCAGAGACAGAUUCUGA